AGGUCAAAUCAUGACUACGAUAAAAGCACAAGGUCCCAAGAACCUAUGACAUAGAGGACUUGCGUGUAGCUAUCGUCCUGGUCGGUGCUUAAGCCACUGAUCAUCAUGCAGGCAGUGACACUUCUCCUGUGUGGUUUUGCACUAGUCGAUGGUGGUACUCUGUGGACGCAUAAGGAAUUCGACCCAAAGAACUACCGCAAUGGUAUGCAUGCGCUUACUUCCAACGACUACGACCAUGGAUCUGGAUCUGUCGUCACGGACCCUGCCGGUGGAAGCAACCACGUCUUGAAAGUCUGGUACCAGAAGGGCCGCUACAGUAGCCAUGGCCCCAAUGAAGGUGUCCAGUUCUUUGCAACACCAACAAGUUCUCGAACAGUUAUGACCUUCAGCUACGACCUCUACUUUGACAAGAACUUUGACUUCAGACGCGGAGGAAAAUUACCGGGACUGUUUGGCGGAUGGACCAACUGCUCCGGCGGAAGGCACUCGGACAACUGCUUCUCGACCAGGUUCAUGUGGAGGGCGGAUGGCGAUGGAGAGGUGUAUGGCUAUAUCCCUGACUCCCACCACCAGGUGUCGGGGUACUGCGACCAUGCUGUUUGUAACUCUGUCAAAGGUUAUUCAAUGGGAAGAGGGAACUGGCGAUUUAAGCGCGGUGCAUGGCAGAACAUAGCUCAGUCGGUCCACCUGAACACUCCCGGGAAGACAGAUGGCUCCAUUAAAGUAUGGCAUGAUGGGAAGCUGGUGUACCACAUCGACCAUCUCAACAUCCGGGCAAAGUCAAUCAAUAUUGAUGGCAUCUUCUUCUCAACCUUUUUCGGUGGUGGUGACAGUUCGUGGGCCCCAACACGUGAUUGUUACUCCUACUUCAAGAACUUUGUCCUGUCUACCGACAGUGGUCAUCCAGUUAUUAUUGGUUAAAUGUCUCUACAAUAAACGUUUCUGCAUUCCU